GCAGGCAUGGAGUUUGUCACCGGCUACCGGGCCGAGAUCCUGGACUUUGCAGAGCUGCUCUUCGGCUGGUACCGGCGCUUCCUGAUGGACUCGGCCUGCCGGCGAGGCAGCGAGCGCCGCAAGCGCCAGGAGGGCUCCAUCCGGCGCCUGCCUCCGGAUCCGGCCCUCUGGGUGCUGCACGCCUUGCCCAACAGGGCGCUGGCCUUCACGGUGGCCGACCCCGGGCAGCAGGUGGGCGGCCGCUUCUACAGCGAGGAGGCGCUAGCCCUGGGGGACCUGGAGCGCUUUAUCACCUUCGUGGGCGCCGGCGAGGAAGACGAGGAGGAGGCCGCACCUGAGACAGGCCAGCCACUCUGGCGCGUGGAGCACCUCCUGCUGGUGACGGACGAGCACGGCAGCAUCCUGGGCUUUGACUUCCAGCUGGGGGGGUCCUCCGCAGGGGCCACGGGGGCCGAGCAGCCCCUGGAGCCCCGCGCCGUCGCCCUCCUGUGCCACAGCAUGAUCUGCCCUCUCGGCGCAGGGGAGCCGCGAAGACCCAAGCUGCUCACCGUAGGAGACGCGGCCUUGCACAAGUCCCUGGAGCCGCUGCUCUCGAGGCUGGGGGUGAAGAUGAGCAAGGGCCCGAUGCGCGGCUGGGGGCCCAAGCCGGCCUUCACGUUCCCCACCACCCGCGUCAGGGCCUGCCACGUCUGCAAGCGGCACAGCUUCGAGGGCCAGGUCACGGCGUGCCAGCACUGCAGGGCCGUCCUGUACUGCUCCGAGCGCUGCCGCAAGCUGGACUGGAACCGCAGCCCUGAGGACAUCGGGCACCAGUUCUGGUGCCAGCGCAUGGCUGGGUACAUGAGUCGCACCCGGGAGCUGGCCAACCUGCCCUUCACCUUCACAGCAGAGGUGACCAGUGAGAACUUCAACAAAGAGGGCUUCCUCUCUGCCAGGGGUCUGACCCGCGGCUACUGGGCCGGAGAGAGCAUGCUGGUCAGGGCUCCCGACUAUGGCGUGGGGCUCCAGGGGGGUCCCGAGAAGCCCGUGCCCUUCCUGCAAAGCGGGAACCCCUUUGAGGCACUACGGCCGGAAGGAGGGACGGCUCUUCCGCCAGCCCCCCCAGAGCCUCCCAUGCCCCGGACAUUCUUUGGGUCCUGGAAGGAGUAUUACCAGUGGCGAGGGCUGCCCCUCGGAGCCCCUCUGGCCGUCCUCCUGAGCUACCCCCUCACUGCCUACUACAUCAUCACCCAACUGGCUCCGCAGCACUUUCCCGAGCUGAACAUCCUGAACAAGCAGUCUCUCAAGAUCCACGUGGUGGAGGCAGGCAAAGAAUUUGGGGUUCUGAUGGUCUUCUGGGAGUUGUCGGUGCUGCUGCCCCAUGUCUCUCUGGAGCUUCUGUUUGUGGGGGAUGCCCUGCCCCCCCAAUUGGACGGUCAGCAGUUUCUCCUUCAGAGGGAUGAGGAACAAGGCGUCUCUGUCCGGCCUGGCCUGGCCCCCAGAUGCAAAGGGGGGCGGCGUGAACUUCAGUUUGGGUUCAGUGCCCGCCCCUACCACCUCUUGCAGGCGCCCAAACCGGACCUGGUCAUUGGGUUCAACUCUGGUUUUGCCCUCAAGGAGACUUGGCGGAGUUCUCUGCCCCGACUUCAGUCCCUUCGGGUGCCAGCCUACUUCACCGAAUGCAGUGAGUACAGCUGUGCCGUGGAUGAGGCUGCCGUCUCCAUGGCGACGGGGGGCAGCGCCAGCCCUGCCCAGAUCAACCCUUUCCGGUCGCCUUUCCGCCAGGCCGGAAUCGACAACGCCAUGCCCUGGUACUCCAACGCCUUCAUCUUCCACCUGAUCUACAAGGCAUCCUCAGCCAGCAACCACCGGCAGACCCCUGCCCCUCUGCCACAGGCCCUGCCACCCAGCGGGAACGCUGACCCCCCAGAGGCAGCCCGGAGCAGGCGCAAGGAGAAGAGGCAGAUCCGGGCAGCAGGGCGGCGGCGCAAGUGAUAGGGGUGUGGAGCAUAGGAGGGAGAGGGCAAGGCAGGCAAUAUAAUAAACAGGAAU